AUGGCGCAAUCGACGCCUCUCUCCCUCCCGACCGCGCUAGUAUCGCCAGCCCGCAUCCGCAGCUACGUCCUACGGCUGCCACUCUUCACGCGCAUCACGAUCCUCCUCAUCCUGCUCUUCUACGUCCUUGAGUUCCAGUCGGUAUGGUCAGUCGUCAAUUGGGGCUCCCUGAAGCCCUCGGUGAUUGGGAUCUUCACCGGUGGCAUGCACAGGUUGAACACGUAUAUCUUCAUACACACCGGCUUCCUGCACAUGUUCUUUAACACGUUGGCGUUGGUGCCUUUGAUGGAGCGGUUUGAGAAGGAGUGCGGGACGUUGACGAGUAUUGCGCUUUGGGCAGGGCCAUUGGCUACGAUACCGGGUGGAUUGUAUAUUUUGGUCGAAAGGGGGAUUUGGGGAGGCGAUACAGCAAUUUGCGGCGCAAGCGGGCCCGUCUUCUUGCUGGUUGCGAGCGAGGGUGUGAGGAGUUGGAGGGCGAAUCCGUUCUUUGAGAUAUCGGGUGUCAAAGUGCCAACGUGGAUAACGCCAAUAGUUUUGGCGGUAGUCACGGCAAUCUUGAUUCCUGGGACGAGUCUGCUCGGUCACGUCUGUGCCCUGGCAGUUGGCUAUCUAUGGGGCCUCGGCUACAUACGAUUCCUAGCCCCUCCAGACAAAGUCAUCAGGUGGAUCGAAGGCAAGCUGAACCUCUUAGGAAGAGUGCCGCACUAUGUCUCGGUUGACCAGAAGACGUAUGGGAGGUAUGGUGUACUCCCGACGAGUGCGAAUGAGCAAGCACAUGCGAAUGGUAUUGGACUAGGAUGGGUCGGCACGAAUGGAGGGCAGCGGCUGGGCUCAUCGUAG